AACUUUAAUUAAUGAUCUCAUAAUAGUUCAACUACUAAAUAUUUAUAAUUAAAUCAUUUUCCUACGUAUCCAUACUAUAUAAGGAAUAUGAGACUUCAGUAUACAUACACACAACUAUCGUCCACACAAACACACCAAUCAUCAUCAUCAUCAUCAUCAUCAUCAUCAUCGUCAUCAUCAUCAUAUCUCCGAGAAACGACGUCGCCUCGGCAGCAAUGAACGGAGUCGAAACGGUGGCGAGCUGGCUGACUCCUCCGGUCCUCUUCUGCGUCCUCAACGUAAUUAUCGGCGCCAUUUUCCUCCGAUAUAAGCUCUAUCCUCCGCCGCUGCCGAGAAACGACCGCCACUCGCUCGUCAGAGUCCCCUCGUUUCUCGAACGAGUCAAGUCGUUCAACCGAUCCAGCUACCUCUCCCCGCAGCCCGAACCGCCGGCGCGUGAGGUAGAACAACCUCCCCAUCCCGACGCGGCGGCGCGUGAAAUCCACCAUGCGCCUGAUGCGGCGGCGCGUGGGACGGACGCGCCGAGCCAUGUGGUGAGGACCAAGUCCGAGGCGGUGGUGAGGGCGGCGCUGGCGGCGAGGCCGCUGCAGAAGUCGGCGAGCGAGAGGAUCUCGAUUUUGAGGGGGGAGGAGGAGGAGGAGGAGCGGCGGAGGCCGGCGACGGUGAGGGAGAGGAGGGGAGGGGACGAGGAGGUGGACGAGAAGGCCGAUGAGUUUAUAAAUAAUUUCCGGCAACAGCUCAAGCUGCAGAGGAUGGACUCCAUUCUGAGGGCAGGGGGCGGAAGGUAAUUUCGAUCUCGACGAUAAAACGCAACUUAGCUGAUAAAACGUUUAUUAAUUUAUCAUGAAUUUGAAUUACCAUUAAACUGGUAACAAUUUGUGAACCUAUGAACACAUAUUAUGUGUGAUUCCAAUAUACUACUGGAAUUUACAAGUAUGCCCUUCAAUUUGUAAGCAUUUGGAGAAAUGUGAAAGGGUAUUUUCGACA